AUGCUUCAGAUUUCAAAUAGACUGCUGCAGUCUAGGGCAUUUGGUGCUGCUGACUCUGAAAUCUUAUACACAAUUACAAGUGAACGCCCAAAAUAUGGUGAAGUUGUGCUUUUGUCCCCAAUGUCUGCUGAUGGACCAGCAGACAGCUGGCAACGUUUGCCUGAUGGAAGAUUUGCCACACCAACCACUUCCUUCACACAAAAGAACAUCAAUGAGGGCCUGGUAUGGUAUCGGCACUCAGGGUCCCACUCACAAGGAAGAGACUCAUUCAGCUUCCAGAUUUCCAGUGCCACAACAACUCAGGCACCCCAGGAUAGGCACAUGUUUAAUAUUGGCAUUCUACCAAACCACCCUGGUGCACCACAGCUUUCUCCUGGAGCCUCCCUUCACAUGACUGCCCUUGAAGACCGCAUGACAGUGAUUGGAUCCCAUUAUCUUUCAUUUGUUGAUGCUGAGAGCCCAAGUGAAAAAAUAGUCUAUAAUGUAACUGUCCCUUUACAGUCACAUGAAGGUACCUUGGAGCACAAAGAGAGGCCACAAUUCCCUGUAAGGUACUUUACACAAGCU